CUGGACGAAACCGUCGUUCUUUAAGUCGUCCGCAUUCGGAUACACUCGUCUCGGUGCACGGUGAAGCUUUGUAGCCUGGCCUAGCCUGUGUUAGCUUGGGAUAGCUCAUCUUGCUACCCGCUGACAAAGAGACGCAGCUGAGAGCAACUCAUCGCAAAGCAGAGAUCGAAUGCGAGCGUCAAAUGUUGUGACUAUCGUCUGAAAAUGUGUGCAAGAAGAACAGCGCAGUACGAGGAGGAACUUAAUGGUACCAAAGAGAAGAACGAACGACUGGACGCUGUUUUCAAGAAGGCUCGAGUUGGCUUUCAAAGAGCAGAUGUCAAUGUCGAUCUUCAUCAAAAGCCCCUCCGCAUUAAGAAACUAGCAGAGAACAAAGUUCCUACCUACAUUAAAGAAGAGGAAUGCGAGCCGCCAAAUCUACCUUAUGUUAAAAAGGACACAGGGCACCCCUAUGUUAAAGGGGAAAGGCAAAAGCUUCAAAAUAUUAAACAGGCACCAACACAUUCUCACGACAUAGAGGAAGAGCAACCAAUGUCUAUCUUUAUUCAAGAGGAGGAGGAGACUCCCCACAUCAUAGAAGCAGAGGAAGUGCCUCACCAGAUUAAAGAGGAGGGCGAGGACGUCUCAUCGAUGAGUGUUCCUGUAAAGAGUGAAAAUGAAAGUCAAACUGCGGACAACAGCGAGCCGGAGUCUCCAAGCAGUACCUCAAGCCGACACAUAACAGAAGAAAUCAGUGAAACUCUUCAUCCUGGCCAGAAUGAGUCAAGUUCCCCUCACAUCAAGGAGCAAAUAAAGGCCAAAGAGCACCCAGUCAUUAAGGAAGGCGAUGAACCAGAGCCACUUAACAUGAAAGAGGAAUUACAGCCAGAGCCCUCCUACGAUAAAGAGAAAGAGGAGACAGAGCACCACCGCAUUGAGGAAGCGGGAAAGCCCGUGCACAUAAAAGAAGAGAAGCACUCGGCAACCCUUCAUAAUAUGGAGGAAGGGACACCACGGCCCCUAUACAUAAAAGAGCAAGAGGAGGAGGAUGAAGAGCCACCACACAUUAAAGAGGAAGAGGUAGACGAGGAUAUGACCAAGAUCCCAUUGACUGGUGGCCCUUUGAAGAGUGAAGCUGAAGGUCAAUGUGAAGAGAACAGAAGGGCGGAGCGUCCAAGCAGAAGCUCAAAUCAAUACAUGAAUACGGAAGGUGAAGGAGACCACCGUGGAGGACCACUAGAACACAGCCUCUUGGCACCACUAUCAGAUACUGAUGACACAUUGUUACACUCCCCUCAGACUGAUGACGAACGGGCUGAAGGUGAUAAGACCCCUCACGCUGACAGCAAACGGUGGAAAUGUUCACAGUGCGGGAAAACUUUAGCUUAUAAAUCGGAUUUGAAACGACACAUGAGAAUACAUACUGGAGCGAAACCCUACGCAUGCUCAAUUUGUGGUAAAAGAUUCACUCAAACGCAGAAUUUAGCCGCACACACAAGAACACACACUGGAGAGAAACCUUUUGCCUGCUCUGUUUGCGGUAAAGGCUUCACUCAAACUCAGCAUUUGGCAGCACACACAAGAACGCACACUGGAGAGAAACCUUUUGUUUGCUCGGUGUGUGGUAAAAGAUUCUCCGAAAGGGGAAACUUAAGAAUGCAUGCAAGAAGACACACUAAUGAGAAAACUUUUGCCUGCUCAUUUUGUGGUGAAAUAUUCUCUAAAAAGCAAAAUUUAAGAAGACACAUAAAAACACACACUGGAGAGAAGCCCUUUUCCUGCAAAGAUUGUAGUAAAAGAUUUGCAGAGAAGCAUAAUUUGAGAAUACACAUGAGAAUCCACACUGGUGAAAAACCUUUUACCUGUCCAGUUUGUAGUGAAAGAUUUACUUACAAGGUAACCUUAACACGUCAUGUAACAACACACACUGCAGCUAAGCAGUUUUCAUGCUUAGUUUGUGGUGAACGAUUCACUCGAGAGAGACUUUUAAGAAUCCACACGGGAAGCCACCCUGGUGAAAUAAUUUUUGUCUGUUCAGUUUGUGGUCAAAAAUUCUCUUGUAAGGAAAGCUUAAUACAUCAUACAAAAACACACACUGUUGAAAAACCUUGUGAGUGCACAGUUUGUGAUCAACAAUUCUCUGAUAAAUUAAGCUUAAGAAAACAUACAAGAACACACACUGGUGAGAAACCCUUUGCCUGCUCAGUUUGUGAUCAACGGUUUACAUUUAAGGGGAGCUUAAAAACACAUCUAAAAACGCACUGUGGUGUAACUUUGUUGUGAAUGGUUCACUGGUCUAUAAUUUCUUUGUCACAGUUAGUAACAGUGUGUACUGAAUUUGAUAAAGGGCGUGACACUUGUAAUAAUAAUUACAAGUGAGGCAAAAUGCCAUGAAAAGAACAAAUCUAUUUUGCAAGAAAACAAAUGGAUGCAUUUUAAUGACUUUAGUGGGCCACAUAAACUGGUGGAGUGAGCCAGAUCCGUUUCCCGGGCCUUGAGUGUGACACUAAUGCUUGAGCAGUAUGUGAAAGAAUCACAAAAUGAAAUAAAUGUUCCAACGGUG